GGUAGAGCUCUACUACUCUAUGCCACUAAUCUGCAGCAGGAACGAUAAAGGAUUGACCAGUUGUGGACUCUGAGUGUCUGAGACUCUCAAGAGCUGAAGGCGAGCCAGGGCUCCGUGUGCAGGAUGAACCAGUACACCGCACUCAAGCAGCUGGGGGACGGCACGUACGGCAGCGUGUUCCUGGGGAAGAGCAACGAGACUGGGGAGCUGGUGGCCAUCAAGAGGAUGAAAAAGAAGUUUUACUCUUGGGAUGUGUGCUUAAAUCUGAGAGAGGUGAAGUCGCUGAAGAAGCUGAAGCAUGCCAAUGUGGUGAAACUGAGGGAGGUGAUCAGGGAAAAUGAUUACCUCUACUUUGUAUUUGAGUACAUGAGGGAAAACCUUUAUCAGCUCAUGCAGGACAGGGAAGAUAAGAUGUUUUCUGAAAAUGAGAUAAGGAACAUUCUGUUCCAGGUUUUAUCUGGUUUAGCAUUUGUGCACAAGCACGGUUAUUUCCAUCGUGAUUUGAAACCCGAAAACCUCCUCUGCAUGGGCCCUCAGCUGGUCAAGAUUGCAGAUUUUGGACUAGCAAGAGAAAUCCGUUCACAGCCGCCUUACACAGAUUAUGUGUCCACGAGAUGGUAUAGAGCCCCAGAGGUUUUGCUCAGGUCCAAGACGUACAACUCUCCCAUCGAUAUCUGGGCUGUAGGCUGCAUCAUGGCAGAACUGUACACGUUCAGACCGCUGUUCCCAGGCAACAGCGAGGUGGACGAGAUCUUCAAGAUCUGUCAGGUGCUUGGAACACUGAAGAAGUCUGACUGGCCUGAAGGCUUCAGUCUGGCUGCUUCCAUGAACUUCCACUUCCCAAAGUGUGCACCCAUCAGCCUCAGAUCCCUGAUCCCCAACGCCAGCAACGAUGCAAUCACACUGAUGAAAGACAUGCUGCAGUGGGACCCUGAGAAGAGACCCAGCGCUGCUCAGGCUCUGAGGUAUCCAUACUUCCAUGUUGGCCAGGCACCCUGUGCUCCUCUGAAGCUUUCAGAGCAAAACGUGUCUGGGGCGGCAGCAGAACCAAAGCCUUUGUCCCUCUGUAAGACAGAUCUGAACUCUGCCAAGCUCAGCAAAAGCCAAAGAGAACCGCAGAAAAGCGGCCAGUCUCUCCAUCAGCCCCUCAAGCAGAUCCCUCUUCCCCAGGAAAACACUGCCACGAUGACAGAGAGGCAGCAGGAACCAGUCAGCUUGGUGAAAACCAGCCAGCCGGGGAACCUCCAAGCUGCAACUAUCCCUCAGCGAGGAGUUGCCACAGGAGCAGAGGCCAGUUUGUCUGGGACUCGCACGGGACGUCGGCGAUGGGGCCAGAUGUCUUUCAAGUCCAUCAGCUGUGAUGACAGUGAUGAUGCUGAUGCUGGAGUUUCCAUCUCCAAAAAACCCACCAUCACUCCUCUGCAUGUCAAGACUCUGGAUAAGCCGUGCCAUCGAUUCUCAGAGUCUAAAAACAACACAGGAGGAAAGCAGAACACUGGACUGAACAAAGCUGACUCCACCUCGCUGUCUGCCAAGCAGCACUACCUCUGCCAGUCCAGAUACGUGCCGGGUGUCAAACCAAAAAGUAACUCUUUAAUGGGAAGCCAGGUGACCGGCAAAAAGCUGAGGGCCGGCUUGGAGUUAACCAGAGGACAAGGACUGGAGUUUCCUCUCGGCAAAAACAGUAGUCUUCCUAAAAUAGGAGAGAAGCAACCUCUGAAAGAAAAGACUCCAGAGAAUCAAGGUGUUUGUAAAGACUCCUUCAUGAACCACUCUGACAUGAAGAUCUUCACAUCACCUUUCCAAAACGCUGAGACCGGAGCAGCCAGACAGAAGAUUAGACUGGCACCCAUAAGAGGCACCUCUGCCUUGGAUCUGUCAUCUGCUGCUGAUCUCAGAACUGAGUCCAAAAUCAAAACAGCCAAGAGCAAGACAUCCUUAAACCCGUUGGCGCUCUCAAUAGAAGAGCAGUUUGAAGAGAGGAAGAGCAGAUAUCUGAAUCUUCAGAUCUCUGGAGCCACCACCACCAGUACGGGGACGUCCACCCUCUCCAAAAACAACCAGCUGGUGCUCGGGAGAGUGGACUGGACCACCAAAUACGGAGGCUACCGGUAGCCAGAGACUCACGGGAAAUAUUCCCAAUGCAGUUUUGCAGGAAAUGUUUCAUACUUCUAAAUGCAGCAGAAGUAUUUCCUGGUGAUCUGUAGUUAUAUUUGGCUAUAACUACUAAUCCAGGCUGUCAUCAGGUAAAAGGCGUUCCACACCCUGGAUGCAUCACCAGUCCAUAGUUAGCUAUAAUACUAAACGUUUCUAUGUCACCAUACCCAUUAAUACUUUUAAAAUAACAGAAUAGAAAAUAAAAUGAAGUGCAUAUUUUUAUAUUUAGUGUGGAGAUUUUUUUACAUUUUAUUUCAAAUAGUAGCAGCAGAAAAAAAUAGCAAAUAGUUUGGUCAUUUCUGUAUAA